AUGAAGUUCGCCGCUUUCGUCCUCGCCGCCGCUGGCAUUGUUGCUGCCGCUCCUGGCACCAAGCUCGUCCAGCGCAACUACUCCCCCGUUGUUCCUCGUUCUACCCGCGCCCGAUACAGCUCUUCUCCUAACCAGAAAGUGUCUGUCGGAGCUCUCGAGUCUCUGGAGUCCACUAGCGACAAGAACGAUGAGUACUCCAGCAACUGGGCGGGCGCCGUCAAGAUCGGAUCCGGUUACAACCACGUCACCGGCACCAUUACGGUUCCCGAGGUGAGCGGCGUCGAAGGAGCUGCCGCCUCCGCCUGGGUUGGCAUCGACGGCGAUACCUGCCAGACCGCUAUCCUCCAGACCGGUAUCUCGUUCUACUCUGACGGCACCUUCGACGCCUGGUACGAGUGGAUUCCGGACUACGCCUACAACUUCAACAACUUCGACGUCAGCGUCGGCGACCAGAUCAGGAUGACUGUUGAUGCGUCCUCAAAGACCAAGGGCGUCGCUACCCUCGAGAACUUGACCACCGGAAAGAAGGUCACUCACACCUUCACCAGCACGCCCUCCUCCCUCUGCGAGACCAAUGCUGAGUGGAUCGUCGAAGCUUUCCAGGAGGGCGGCAGCCAGGUCACUCUCGCUGACUUUGGCACCGUCACAUUCACGGGUGCUGCCGCUUCUGGCUCCGGUGGCUCGAUUACUCCCGCCGGAUCGACUAUCAUUGACAUCUCGCCCAACGGCGGAAAGACUGUCCUCACUAAGGGCUCUGUUAGUGGAAACACUGUCACUGUCAAGUAUCUUGGUUGA